GACAGCUAACUAAAUUAUCAAUUGGUGAAGUGUUUGUAGAGUUAGGAGUUGGAAUAAUAGUAGUUUUUGAGGGGGAUGGUGUUUUUGAUGGUAAUGGUGUAGUAGAAGAAGUAGUUUUAGAGGGUAAUAGUUUAGUUGUUGUAGUUAAUGUAGUUUUUGUAGUACUAGUAGUUGUAGUAGUUUCAGAGGGGAAAAUUGGUUUUGUUGAAAAUGUAAAAAUAGUUGUUGUUGGUGUAGGAUGUGGUAUAUUAGUGGUAGAAGUUGUUGUUGUAGUUGUAGGAGUUGGAAUUGUUGUAGUCAGUGUUGGU